ACAUCCAAUGAUUUCCUUUUCAACUUCUCGGAUACGAUUGCAUGGGCUUGUUUUGUACGUCCUUCACGGAUCUAAUGCUUGAGUUCAUCGUCACGAUGAACUCUGGAUGAAAGAACGGUUCAGCGUUUAUGUUUCUAUCUCUGCUGUUGGUACGCUGCAGCAUCAUGCAAAUGUCCAUCAUGAUAUACAAAAUCCUAGACUCUACCCACCCUUCAUGUUGGUCUAACUCAAUACCCUUGGAUUACAGAUCCCCAAUUCUUCUUGUUAUUUUCAUUGUAGCGCUACCCCUUUCUGCCCACCGAUCACUCUUCUUGUACUGCUCACCUCCGAGGACCGGCUGCGUUCGGUACCGUCCGUCCGUGAACUGUAUAUAACCAACAAGCGACCAACGGGAAUCAGCGUUGCAUGGAAAAUGUAUUAAAUGCUUCUUAAAACUGAAGGAC